UGCUCCCACCGCGCCUUCUCUUGAGAUCUCUAUAAAGUGGCGUGGAAAGCGGAUUAGGCAUUCCGAUUUAGAACCCGCGCCUCUUUAGGCGCCUGGGGAACUGGGAGGCGGCUUCCUAAGAAUACUGAGAAGAAUACUGUGUACAGUUCUGGUCGCCUCACCUAAAAAAAGAAAGAAAGAAAGGCUGUUGCAGCGCAUCAAAGGUUCAGAAAGCGGCAACCAAAAUGAUCGAGGAGACCGGGCGGGCCUGCUUAGUGCGGGCUCACAAAACCCAGGAUAAUAAGAGAUCGAAAUAAUAAGGGAGACAUAAGCAAACAAUGCUUGUCAUGGCAAAGGGGUGUCAGCCGGAAGUUCUCGGCACCGAGUAAUUGUGCACCUGGACCUGGAUUGUUUUUAUGCCCAGGUGGAAAUUAUCUGCAAUCCUGAAUUGAGAAGUAAACCUUUAGGUGUGCAGCAAAAACACUUAGUAGUCACCUGUAAUUAUGAAGCCAGGAAUCUUGGAGUCAAGAAAUGUAUGUCUGUGAAAGAAGCAAAAGAAAAGUGUCCAGAACUGAUGUUGGUUAAUGGAGAAGAUCUGACAAAAUACCGGGAAAUGUCUUAUAAAUUUACAGCAUUGUUGGAAGAAUUUACUCCACUGGUGGAAAGGCUUGGGUUUGAUGAAAAUUUUGUAGAUGUCACUGAGAUGGUAGAAAUGAGGCUGGAACAAUGGAAAAAAGAUGCUUUUUCUGAAAUCUCUCUCUCAGGCCACAUAUAUAAUAAUCAGACAGUCAGCUUACAUGAUCCCAUGCACAUAAGAUUAGCCGUGGGGUCUCAGAUUGCAGCAGAGAUGAGAGCUGCCAUGUACGACAGGCUGGACCUGACAGGCUGCGCAGGAGUGGCCUCUAAUAAACUACUCUCCAAAUUGGUAUCGGGGAUCUUUAAACCCAACCAGCAAACUGUUCUGUUGCCUGAGAGUCAGCAGGACCUCAUGGCCAGCCUUGAUCACAUGAAGAAAGUGCCUGGUAUCGGCUAUAAAACUGCAAAGCGCCUUGCAACGCUGGGACUUUCCACAGUGUGUGAUGUCCAGAUGUGCCCAGUUGCAGUACUGGAGAAAGAGCUGGGAGCUUCGGUUGCCCAACAUGUCCAGAAACUCAGCUGGGGAGAAGAUGACUCCCCAGUCACCCCAUCAGGGCCCCCUCAGUCUCUUAGUGAUGAAGACUCCUUUAAAAAGUGUUCUUCCGAAGGUGAAGUGAAAAAGAAAAUUGAGGAGCUGCUUGCUAAUCUUUUGGACAGGUUACACAAGGAUGGAAGAAAGCCACAUACGAUACGAUUAACCAUUCGGCGAUUUUCCCUGACCAAUAAGUGGUUUAAUCGGGAGAGCCGUCAGUGCCCUAUUCCAUCUCAUGUGGUCCAGAGGAUUGGAACAGGUGACUCCACCGUCAAGAUCCAUCUGGUUGCUAUCCUCAUGAAACUAUUUCAUAAGAUGAUAAAUGUGCAAGUUCCAUUUCAUCUGACACUCCUGAACGUCUGCUUCUCCAAUCUUAAGGCCCCUUCUACCUCUUCCAAGCACUGUAUUGGGUUUUAUUUGAAUCGCUCAUCGCCCUCUUUUAAGUGCAGCAAACUUGUUCCGAAAAUGGAAGGUAUGAGUGCAGAACAAAUAACUCCAGAAGAUCAGGUGGACUGUUGUGAAGCUUUCUCAGGGGUGAGAGACACACAAGCUACAAAAGCAUCACUGGAGAGUCCUGGCCCCUCAAAAGAUACCUGCGUUCUUGAGUUCCCCCUUCAUUUACUUCCUGCAGGCGUUGACUAUGAUGUGUUUAAUCAGCUUCCGAGGGAAAUUAAGGAGGAAAUUAUUUCUAGCCAAAAGGCAGUAAGAGAUUCUGCAGUAACUCUUCUGAAUCAGGCGUUACCUGUCUCAAGGGAAGAAUUGUUGGACAAGGUGCAUGACAAGAUGAGCCCUGUUUCUUUGAGUUCUGGAAGCAUCCCUCAGAACAUUAGCUCUUUGGCAUGUUGGGACAUGGCAUCCACCAAUGAGGGGCUACCGCUGGCAAUGUACACUUGUCCCCCCAAGUGCCUUGGUUCUCAGCACAGCCUUCUUCAGGCUGCUGAGAAUGCAGCAGUCACUGACUCUACAAGAUCUGCAGGUGUUAAAAGCUUGCCCCCAGUUCCAUCUUGGCCUUCUUUUCUGCAGUCCUGUAGUCCGGAGGGGCAGAAGCACCUGGAAGAAGAAGCCCAUGAUGGAGGUUGGAAAGGGAGUUCAAAACUUGUCCUUCCUCCAAAUGUUGACCCCAAAACAUUUUCUGAGUUACCUACUGAGAUGCAGAAGGAGCUGUUGGCGGAGUGGAAGAGUCAGGACCCUGUAUCCAAAAUGCACGCCGGCAAAACUCAAGACAAGCUCAAAAGGAAAAAGAAAGGGUGCAGUUCUCCUCCCUGCUCAAACAGUUUGUUGAGAUACUUUAAACCAAAAUGAUUAUUGUAUACACUGAGGUAUUCGUUGAGGCUAUUUAUGCAGAAACUGAGGGGCUGAUACAGUUGAACUCUAGGAUGGCAGUGGCACUAUUUUAGGCAGCAAUUGAGGAGGACGGUUCUCUUUUCAAUUCCUCCUCAUAUUAAAAACAAGCAGUACCACAGAGA